AGAAAGAGAGAGAAAGAGAGAGAAAGAGAAAGAGAGAGAAAGAGAGAGAAAGAGAGAGAGAGAAGGCAGUCAAGGACUUUAUCAGAGUGGAGCCAAGCAGGGGUUGAAACAGACCAACAACAUCAGGACUAGGCUCACCCUGACUGGGGCUCAGAGUGACAGAGGUCCCCUCCGACGACAACCACAAGCCUGGAGAGCCAGUCCUUCUCUGAGCUGCUCUUGUUUUGUUCUGUGUGGAAAUUCCUUUGAGACGUCACUGCUAGCUGAGCUCAGCUGAACAACCACAGCCGAGAAAGACUGUUGUGGUUGCUUGUCAAACUAUAGUGUGUGUAGAGCUAGAGAGAGGAACAUGUUUGACUGUAUGGAGGCUUUGGCCCCCCGGCCGCUCUUCGACGUGUCCACUCAGGGGGCUUGCAUGUUGGGCAAGGCCACCCCAUUCUUCCCUGGUCUGGACCCCUUUGCCUGGGCUGGGAUGGCCAGUGUUCAGUCAGUAGAGACCCAGAGCACCAGCUCUGAGGAGAUGGUGCCCAGUUCACCCUCUCCGCCCCCUCCUCCCCGCAUCUACAAGCCCUGUUUUGUGUGCCAGGACAAGUCCUCUGGCUACCACUACGGGGUCAGCUCCUGUGAGGGUUGCAAGGGAUUCUUUCGGCGCAGUAUUCAGAAGAACAUGGUGUAUACCUGCCACCGAGACAAGAACUGUCAGAUCAACAAGGUGACCCGUAAUCGCUGUCAGUACUGCCGGCUGCAAAAGUGCUUUGAGGUUGGCAUGUCCAAAGAAGCGGUGCGUAAUGACAGGAACAAGAAGAAGAAGGAUGUGAAGGAGGAGGUGGUGUUGCUGGAAAGCUACGAGCUCAGUGGUGAACUGGAGGAGCUAGUCAACAAAGUCAGCAAGGCCCACAAAGACACCUUUCCCUCACUUGUCCAGCUGGGCAAAUACACUACAAACUCCAGUGCAGACCACCGUGUACAGUUGGAUCUGGGGCUGUGGGAUAAGUUCAGUGAACUCUCCACCAAGUGCAUCAUCAAAAUAGUGGAGUUUGCCAAGCGCCUGCCAGGCUUCACCACCCUCACCAUCGCUGACCAGAUCACUCUCCUCAAAUCAGCCUGUCUGGACAUACUGAUGCUGAGGAUCUGUACUCGCUACACUCCGGAGCAGGACACAAUGACCUUCUCCGAUGGGCUGACCCUGAACCGGACCCAGAUGCACAACGCAGGCUUUGGCCCUCUCACAGAACUGGUGUUUGCCUUUGCUGGCCAGCUGCUGCCUCUGGAGAUGGACGACACAGAAACCGGCCUCCUCAGCGCCAUCUGCUUGAUCUGUGGAGACCGUAUGGACCUGGAGGAGCCCCAGAAGGUGGACAAGCUACAGGAACCCCUCCUGGAGGCCCUGAAAAUCUACGCCCGCCGUAGACGCCCCAACAAGCCCCACAUGUUCCCCCGCAUGCUUAUGAAGGUCACCGACCUCAGGGGCAUCAGCACCAAGGGUGCUGAGAGAGCCAUCACUCUGAAGAUGGAGAUCCCAGGCCCCAUGCCUCCUCUGAUCAGGGAGAUGCUGGAGAACCCCGAGGCCUUUGAGGACAGCAGCGACUCUGGGGACAGCGCCUCCGCCCCCCCUGCCAUCCAAGCCAUCAAGAAAGAGAGGGAGGAGGAGAAGAGCCUCGAGGAGGAAGAUGAGGAUGAGGAGGACGAGUGGGGGGACGAGGAGAGGGAGAGGGGGGCGGACAGCGAUGGGGAGCCCUGGGGGGAGGCCUCAGCGGCAGAAGCGGGGUCCCAGAAAGGGGCAACUGGGAGAUCCCAGUGAGAGUGGCAUAGUGAUGCACUCUGACCCAUUCUCGUCACCUCCUAUUCCACCACCCUCAGACAGACCAACACUCCCUGUCCUAUCCUUAC